AUGGAGGCAGAUGCCUGGCUCCUGCGCCACCUGUGGCCGGAGGUGGCGCCGCUGACCUUGGGCGCGGGGGCGCUGGCCGUGGCGAGCUUUGUGAACUUCCGGACUGGUGCCCAGCUGAAGAAUGCCAUCGAGACCGAUGGGGAAGGCCGCCGGUCGGUGCUGCACAGCCUGUUGCUCUUCGGCCUCGGCGCGGUCGCAGGCUGUGUACGGACCGUGACUUUCGACAGCGCCUCCGAACGCCUCCGCGCCUCGAUGGCUGCGGAGGUCUUUGCCGCGAAGCUCCUGGAAGAGGCCCAAGGGAAGGCGGACAGCGCUUCCGUGGCCUCGAUGGACAGUGACGUGGCUCUCUGCGCAGAUUUCAUAUUGAAGCUGCAGAACUUGGUCCGCUACACGUCGUCGAUCGUUGGCGGAACCGUGACGAUGUUCCGCGCGUCCUGGAAGCUGAGCGCCGCCGUGUGGCCGCUUCUCGUCACGGGCGCUCUGCACGGUGCCAGGGCCGGCGCCAAGCGCUCGGCGAAGUCGGCGCAGGCGCUGGCGGAGAAGCGGGAGGAGGCCCUGGCUUUCGCGGAGGAGCGCCUGCAGCACGUGGACCUUGUCCGCUGGUUCUGUCGGGCGGAGGCGGAGGCCAAAGCGUUCCGCCGCCUCUGCGACGCUUCCGUCGAGAUCGCCUCUCGGUCGGCACGGGUCCGCGGCGUUUCGCACCUGGUGCUGGACUGGGCAGCGAAAUCGGUGCUGCUUGGCCUGGCCUCUCUCGGCUCGCAGCUGGUGGCCCGCGGGGAGCUUACUGCCGGAGAGCUGACCUCCUACUUCUUCCAUGCCUCCUUCUUGGGCCUUGGGCUCUAUGGCCUUGUGGGUCUGAUGCCAGAGGUGGCCGUGGCUCGUACAGCUGCUGCCAGACUUGCUGCCACGGUCACAAGGAGAAAGGAGGCCAACCAGGUGCCCGCGGCGCCUUUCUUCAAGAAGCCGCUGAAGCCGCUGUCCCUCUCAUUUCAAGAUGUCCACUUCAGGUACUCUGAGGCUGAGGUCCUGCGCGGCUUCUCGCUGACGCUGGCAGCUGGGGAGACCUGCGCCCUGGUCGGCCACUCCGGGUGUGGGAAGACGUCCGCGCUCCGGCUGCUCCUGCGAGAUUUCGAUGCAACCUCCGGGAAGAUCUGUGUAGGUGACCAGGCCAUCCAGACCCUGGCCACCGAAGAGGUCCGCACACUGAUCUCUGUGGCGCCACAGGCGCCGGCGCUUCUGGGCGCCAGUGUGGCUGACGCCAUCGCGUUUGGAGCUGUGGAGCCAAGCACCGAGCAAAUCGAGGGGGCUGCGAAAGCUGCGUCCGCCCACAGCUUCGUGAAGUCCAGGCCCCAAGGCUACGAGACGCCGGUUGGGAGAGGAGGAGAGCUGCUGUCUGGCGGUGAGCGGCAGCGACUGGCCCUAGCGAGGGCGCUGAUUCGGGAAUCCCCGAUCCUGUUGUUGGAUGAGCCUACGUCUGGGUUGGAUGCGACCACCGCCGCAGCACUGGCGCAGGCCGUGCUGAGUCAGCGCCCUGGCCGGCCCACGACGCUGGUCGCAACGCACAGCCUUGCCCUGAUCCGGAACUGCGACACUGUGGCCGUGGUCUCCGGCGGGCGCGUGGAGCAGAGAGGCAAGUUCUCGGACCUCAUCUCCGAUUCAGCCGGACACCUUGCGCAGAUCAUGAGGUCCGGGGAGCUUGAGGAGACCUGA